GUUCUCAAUUUAUAACACCUCCUUCACUUUCCAGAACAUCCUUGCCUUCACAAAACCUCAUUCCCUUCACAAAGAAAACGUAGUCACAAUGCAGCUCAACUCCGUCCAGACAGCUGCUGUUCUCGCAUUCUGCGGAAUUGCUACCGCACAAAAUACCCAGAACGGCCAAGUCAAUGGUCAAGUCAGUGGACAAGGUAACAUUGUAGCUCAAGGUGCUGCAGGAGCUAACGGCAACGGUGCCGGUGCUGCUGCAGGCGCUGGUAGUAACAUCGCAAUCCUUCAAGGCAACACCAACAACGGAGGUAAUGUGCUCGUCAACCAAGGCAAUGCCUCAUACAUUACCCAAGUCGUCAAUGCCUACGCCACCUAUUUGACAGCACCAACCACCAUCACUCAACAGAACACCGUCGUUACUGUAACAAAGCCAGGAUGGGUCACCAUCACUGCUUGCCCAACUGGCUGCACCAUUAUCAACAAGAUCGACACACCACCUACUGUCACCGCAGUUGGACCAGUCAUCACUAAAACAACAGGCCCCGCUUCCUCGCUUGUCGCAACCACACCUCUCAAGAACGCAACAGUUCCUGCUGUUGCAACCACACCUCUCAGAAACACAACAGUUCCUGCCUCCUCAACUCUCAAAACCACAACAGUCCCUGUUUCCUCAACUGUCAGGCCUACUACUGCCAGAAUCACAACAGGCCCUGCUUCCUCUGUAGUUCCAGUCACCUCUGUCGGCAUCCCUGUCUUCAGAAACGGAACUGCCACUGUCGCUACUGUCCCAGCUGUUGUUCUCACCUCAGCUCGUGUCUCCAAUGGAACCGUCAUUGCUACGGCUGGUUCCCCUGGUCAGACUAGUCAACCAGGUCAAGGUGGCCAAGCUGGUCAAGCAGGCCAAGCUGGUCAAGCUGGUCAAGCAGGUCAAGCAGGUCAAGCAGGUCAAGCAGGUCAAGCAGGUCAAUCUGGCCAAUCUGGUCAAGCAGGUCAAGCAGGUCAAGCAGGUCAAGCUGGUCAAGCAGGUCAAGCAGGUCAAUCUGGCCAAUCUGGUCAAGCAGGUCAAGCAGGUCAAGCUGGUCAAGGUGGUCAAGCAGGCCAAGCUGGUCAAAGUGGCCAAUCUGGUCAAUCUGGUCAAGCAGGUCAAUCUGGCCAAUCUGGUCAAGCAGGUCAAGCUGGUCAAGCUGGUCAAGCAGGUCAAGCUGGUCAAGCAGGUCAAGCAGGUCAAUCUGGUCAAGCAGGCCAAGCAGGUCAAGCUGGUCAAGCUGGUCAAACUGGCCAAGCAGAUCAAGCAGAUCAAGCAGGUCAAGCCGGAGCUGGUCAAACCGGAGCUGGUCAAACUGGCUCCGCUGGAUCAGCUACAACCUCAUCUACUGGCUCCACCCCCAGCGGUCCAGUCACGUUCCAAGGUGCUGCUCCUGCCAACGGUGUCAGCGCUGCUGCAGCUCUCGCUGCCGUCGCUGCCAUCGCCAUGGCUUUGUAAGCACUAUCUUUCUGACCUCCUCGCAGCAGUGUUUACAUCGUGCGAGAGCUGUCUCUGAUCAUCAUGAUCAAGACAGGGGUAAGGAGUUUCGGGGUUUGAAAUUUUAAAUGGGGUUUUGGAAAAGGGAUGUAGGAUACAUUAGUUAAUAUUGUAAUCUAAUCAUGGGGGUUUAUCUAUUGGCGUUCCGUAGAUCAUGCUGUUGCUCGCAUGUAAUAAUAGCGACAUGGCA